AUGACCUCUACGCUUCCUGUUCAAAUGGCUAUGAACCACAAAGUAAACGGAACCGCUCCGCUGCAACAGCAACAGCAGCAACAACAGCAACAACAGCAGGCAAUAAGCAAUAGUGAGGUAGUCCAGGCUCCGUCUAUUCUUGCCGAGACCACGUCUGCCACCUGGUUGGCUAUAGGUCUGCUUGCCGAGAGCUUGGGUGACUUGGAAAAGGCAUUGGGCUCGUAUGACGCGGCCUUGAGACACUCGCCCAAUAAUCCAGAAGCCCUCACCAAAUUGGCCAAUAUCUACCGGUCGAAGGACGUUUUCUUCAAGGCCGCCGAGUUGUACGAACAGGCGUUGAAUUUUAACCCAGAAAACGGUGAAACCUGGGGUCUCUUGGGUCACUGCUACUUGAUGCUUGAUGACUUACAGAGAGCGUACCAGGCUUACCAGAGAGCAUUGUACUACUUGGGGAACCCCAAUGUCCCCAAAUUGUGGCAUGGAAUUGGAAUUUUGUACGACAGAUACGGCUCCUUGGAGUAUGCAGAAGAAGCGUUCGUUAGGGUGUUGGAGUUGGAUCCACACUUUGACAAGUCUAAUGAAAUAUACUUCAGAUUGGGGAUCAUCUAUAAACACCAAGGUAAGCUACAGAAUGCCUUGGACUGCUUCCAAUACAUUUUGAGCAAUCCUCCACAUCCUUUAACCCAACCAGACGUGUGGUUUCAAAUUGGCUCAGUCUUGGAGCAGCAAAAGGACUGGAAUGGUGCUAAGGAAGCCUACGAGAAGGUAUUACAAGUGAAUCCACAACAUGCUAAGGUCUUACAGCAAUUAGGGUGCUUAUACUCACAAGCGGAACCCGCGGAAGGAAGCGCUACCAAUGGAAACGGCAGCGCGGUCAGCGGUGCUUCAGUUCCACCCUUCCAACAAGAUUUAAACAUUGCCCUCAAAUAUUUGACACAGUCGCUUGAAAUCGAUCAAUCCGAUGCACAUUCCUGGUACUACUUAGGUAGGGUUCACAUGAUUAGAGGAGAUUUUAACGCUGCCUAUGAAGCGUUCCAACAAGCUGUGAAUAGGGACUCCAGAAACCCAACUUUCUGGUGUUCUAUCGGAGUUUUGUAUUAUCAAAUCUCCCAAUAUAGAGAUGCAUUGGACGCCUACACUAGAGCUAUCAGAUUAAACCCUUAUAUUAGUGAAGUUUGGUACGACUUGGGUACCUUGUAUGAAACAUGUAAUAACCAAAUUAGUGACGCCUUGGAUGCGUAUAGACAAGCUGAAAGACUAGACCCAGGCAACCCACACAUCAAGGCAAGAUUGGACCAGUUGGUGAAAUAUCAACAAGAGGGUAAUACUCAUCCACCUCAACCACCUCCAGUCUCUCAACAACCAAGGUUGCCACAAGGUAUGGUGCUAGAAAGUAGUCAACAACCACCUCAAGGUCAAUUAUUACCACCUCAACACCAACAGCAAGAACAACGACAACUUCAUCAACCCGCUCUGCAUCAGGUAAGUCAACCUCCUCAAAGUGCCCCUUCUCUUCCUCAACCAAGCCACCAAUCAGUUCUUGGCCAACAAAUGCCACAACCAAUUCAACAACAGCAACAACCCCAAAUUCACCAUCAGCUUGCUCAAGCACCACCAGCUACACAACCAGUGGUAGUGCCAAUUCACCAUCAACAGCAACAACCUUUGCAGCAAAUCCAGUCACAACCUAUCCAACUCAGUCAACCACAAUCAGCUGAAGCACAAUCAGUUGCUGUAGCACCUAUCCCAACGAACGGUAAACAUAAUUUGGAUGAUAAAAAAGACCCAAAACCAAUAAAAAAGGCCAUCACAUCAAAAAGAACCCCAAAACCAGUUGAAAAUGGAAAUGAUUCUUCCCUUAAUAACCUCAUGAACGCAGCUGUCGCAUCAGCAGCGGAAUUGAAACCAACAACUGAAGAAGCUAAACCUAAAUUAGCUACACCACCUGCAGCUGCCCCUGUUGCUCCAGUAGAAACAGCCAAACCAAAAGAGCCAGUGAAUGAAGAUGUAGCUCCUACACCAGCAGUAGCUCCAAUCCAACAAGCAGUUCCUGCCCUGGUACCAGCUCCAGCUCCUGUGAGCACUCCUGCUGCUACCCCACAACAACCAACUCCACCUCCUCCCCAACCAGCUGCUGCUGAAGUGACCCCAGCUCCCGUGGCCGCCCCUUCAGCUGAAGCUGCUGCAUCAGAACCAGCUGCACCAGUUGCCCCUGUGGCCCCUAGUGCCCCUGCUCCUUCAACAGAACCUGAAAAGCCUAAGGAACCUGAAUCAAAACCAGAGACCUCGGUAUCUCCAUCAGUUCCGCAAUUUUCAUCUAAUGUUACCGGUAAAAAAGAGGAACAAAAUGAAGAUGAAGGUGAUGUUGAUACUGAAGAACCAAAAACCAAUGAACCAGUUGAACCUCCAUUAAGGAAAGUCGAAGAGGACGAGAACUACGAUGAUGAAUGA